AUGAUUCCGUCCCGGCGGCAAGCUCAGCGGGGUCACUCCUCACCAAUUUUGAGAUCACUGGUGGGUGGAUUCCUCGUGUACUUUGCUGGGCCUGCCGCAUUCUCGGCCCUCACCUCUCGUCGUCCCUCUACGUUACACGGUGGGCACAGGCAAUUCAGCUUGGCGCGACGGGCUGAAAGUGCUGAAACUGCCACUGCCACAGAGGUGGCCGACGGUGAGGAAUUUGAGUUCCAGGCUGAGGUGGGCCGGGUCAUGGACAUCAUUAUCAACUCUUUGUACUCCAACAAGGACGUUUUUCUCCGAGAACUGGUGUCCAACGCCGCAGAUGCUUGCGACAAGAAGCGCUUCCUGGCACUCACCGAGAGCGAUGCGCCGCCAGAGCCCAUGAAGUUGCGCAUCAACACGAACAAGGAUGACAGGCUCCUCAUUAUUGAGGACAACGGAGUCGGCAUGUUGAAGGAUGAGCUGAAGGAGAACUUGGGCCGCAUUGCGCGGUCUGGCACCGCCAACUUCGUAAAGGAGCUGGGCAGCGGGGAGGCGGAUGUCAGCCUCAUCGGGCAGUUCGGUGUUGGCUUCUACUCAGCCUUCCUUGUGGCCAACCAGGUAGAUGUCUACUCCAAGAGCUUCAAGAAGGAAUCCGAAGGCAAGAUCUGGAAGUGGUCUUCCUCCGGCCACUCUUACAGCAUCAAGGAAGCUGAGGAAACUGACCUCUUUGGUGAGCAGAGUGGGACCAAGAUCGUUUUACAUUUGCGUGAGGAGGCGCAGGAGUACCUGGACACAGGCAAGCUUUCCGACCUGCUCAAGAAGUACAGUGAGUUCAUCACCUUCCCCAUUGAGCUGUACAACGAGAAAGUGCAGUAUGACCAGGUCCCGGAUGAGUCCGCCCCGCCGCCCAAGGAAGGCGAGAAGCAGAAGAUGAAGAGCGUGCCACGCUCAGUCUACGAGUGGGACAUCAUGAACAAGAUGAAGCCGAUCUGGCUGCGCAAUCCAGAUGUUGUCAACCAGUCUGAGUAUACCGAGUUCUACAAGACUACGUUCAAGGCCUUUGACGAGCCCAUGACGGUGACCCACUUCAAAGUCGAGGGCCAGAUCGAGUUCCGGGCGCUUGUGUUCAUUCCGUCCACGAUGCCUUUCGAGCUGACCCGUGACAUGUUCUCACCGGAGGGCCGGGCCAUGCGCUUGUAUGUGAAGCGAGUCUUCAUCAACGACAAGUUUGAGGAUCUGGUACCUCGCUGGCUCACGUUCGCACGGGGCGUGGUGGACUCCGAGGACCUCCCUUUGAACGUUGGCCGUGAGAUCUUGCAGAAGAGCCGAACGCUCAAGAUCAUCCGCAAGCGUGUGGUGCGAAAGGUCCUGGACACCAUCGACGAUCUGCGUGAGAAUGACCCCAACAAGUUCGAGUCGUUCUGGACCAGCUACGGCAAGUACUUCAAGGUGGGUCUCGUGGAAGACUUGGAUUACAAGGAUGAGCUGAAGCGCUUCGUUCGAUUCUGGUCCUCCAAGAGCGGAGACAAUCAGACAUCGCUGGAUGAGUACAUCUCCCGCAUGAAGGAGGGCCAGGACAAGAUCUACUUCGUGACAGGCGAGGGCCGCCGUGCUGCAGAGAUUGCUCCUGCCAUGGAGAAGAUGCGCCUGAAGGACUACGAGGUCCUCUACAUGGUUGACCCCCUGGAUGAGAUCUGCAGUCAGAGUAUCGUGGACUACGAGGGCAAGAAGUUGGUGGACAUCAACAAAGCCGGCCUCGAUCUUGACAAGAGCGAAGACGAGAAGAAGGAGAUGGAGGAGACGACCAAGGAGUUCGAGGCACUUGCAACCUGGUUGAAGAAGCAGCUGGGUGAGCGAGUGCAGAAGGUGCAGAUCUCUGACCGCCUGGUGGAGUCGCCAGCCACCCUUGUGCAGGGCGAAUGGGGUAUGUCCCCCAUGAUGCAGCGCUACAUGAAGUCGCAGACCACGUCCAGCGCUUCGGACAGUGCUUUCGCAAUUGGCUCCAGGAAUCAGGCUAUCUUGGAGAUCAACCCUUCGCACAAUGUGGUGAAGGCCCUGAAGAACAACAUGGAGACCAAGCCAGAUGCUGUGGAAACCGAGGACAUGGUGAUGAUGCUCUACGAGACGGCAGCUUUGAUUGGUGGCUACACCAUCGAAGACCCAGGUGACUUCGCCAAGCGAGUCACGAAGCUCAUGGAGAUGCAGGCGGAGGGAGCAGGUGCGGGCACCCAGGAUGCAGAGGUCGUGGCUUAG